GCAUUGGAUCCCGGGCCUCACCGAUCGCGCGUCCAUGGUCAACUGCGCAGUGACCAGGGCAAGCGGCUCGCUCGUGAGCAGCAGAGCCUCAACAGCACCCGCCCGGCAGCAGUAUUGUGGCGUGACCCGCCCGGCAGCUUGGAAUCCAGCACCGGCUCGGGAAGCGGGGGCAGCGGCGAGUAGGCAGCUCAGAAUGAGUGUGGCAGCCCAGGCAGCAGGCAACGGGGCGUCGACGAAACCCCAGCGCGCGACGGCGGAGGGCAAGAAGGCCAUCCUGGACAAAGUGGACUGCUUCAUCUUCGACUGCGAUGGCGUGAUCUGGCGUGGCGACAGCGUGAUCGACGGCGUGCCCGAGACGCUGGACAUGCUGCGCGGCAUGGGCAAGCAGCUGGUGUUUGUGACCAACAACUCCACCAAGAGCCGCGCCGGAUAUCUCAACAAAUUCACCAGCCUGGGCCUGAACGUGGCUGCGGAGGAGAUCUACUCCUCCUCCUAUGCUGCCGCCGCGUACCUGGAGAGCAUCCAGUUCCCCAAGGACAAGAAGGUGUACGUGGUGGGGGAGGUGGGCAUCCAGGAGGAGCUGGACCUGAAGGGCAUCAGCCACCUGGGCGGCCCCGCCGACGCCGACAAGCGCGUGGAGCUGACACCAGGCAUGCUGCUGGAGCAUGACCACGACGUGGGCGCUGUGGUUGUGGGCUUUGACCGCAACAUCAACUACUACAAGAUACAGAUGGCCACGCUGUGCAUCCGGGAGAACCCCGGCUGCAUGUUCAUUGCCACCAACACGGACGCGGUGACGCACCUGACCGACGCGCAGGAAUGGGCGGGCAAUGGCAGCAUGGUGGGCGCCAUCCGUGGCUCCACCAAGCGUGAGCCGACCGUGGUUGGCAAGCCCGCAGAGUUCAUGCUGGCAAACAUUGCCGACAAGUUUGGCCUGCGGCGCGAACAGAUAUGCAUGGUGGGCGACCGGCUGGACACCGACAUCCUGUUUGGAAAGAACGGCGGCCUGACCACCAUGCUGUGCCUGUCGGGCGUGACGACAGAAGAGCAGCUGCUGAGCCCUGAAAACAGCAUCCACCCCGACUGCUACAUGGACUCGCUGGCCGCCCUGCUGGAGGUCAAGAAGGAGCCGGUGGCGGUGUGA